AUGAGAAAAAAUGAAUUUAUGAAUGAUGAAAUCAGAAAAUAAUGGUUUGCUAAUUGUAGAUCUAUUCAAGAAUAUGAAAGAUUAGAUAAACUUGGAGAAGGAACGUAAUUCUUAUUCAAUCUAUACAAAGUUAUGGAACUGUCUAUGCUGCAAAAGAUAAAAAGAAAAAUUAAGUUGUUGCCAUCAAAAAAGUUAAAAUUCAUGAUAGUAAUGAAGGAUUCCCUAUUACUUGUUUAAGAGAAAUUAAAAUAUUAUAAAGAUUAUCUGCACAUCCUAAUGUUGUCAAUUUAUUAGUAAUAAUUUAUUAUUUAUUUAAGGAAGUUGCUGUAGGACCUAUCAAAGAUAGUAUUCAUCUUGUAUUUGAAUAUUGUGCAAUAGAUUUAGCUAUUUUAGUAGAUAAUAUGUUUAUAGGUAAAAUACAUAUUGAUCUAAAGAAAAUUAUUCCUUUCGUGAAAAUGAAAUCAAAUGCAUUGUCCUUUAAUUAUUAAAUGGUCUUGCUUAUAUCAAUUCUAAUUUCAUUUUGCAUAGAGAUAUUAAACUAUCAAAUCUCCUAUUAACAAAUGAUGGAAUUGUUAAAAUUGCAGAUUUUGGUCUUGCCAGAGAAUAUGGUAAUUAAAAUAUAUUAAAUUAAGAAAUUCCAUAAAAAAAAUACACUAAUCCUGUUGUCACUCUUUGGUAUAGAGCACCUGAACUUUUAUGUUAGAUGAAUAAUUAUAAUACUGCUAUUGAUAUAUGGUCAGUUGGUUGUGUUUUUGCAGAAUUAAUUAAUAGAGGAUUUCCUAUUCUUUAAGUAACUUAACAAUUCAAAUCAAUAGGGUAAAUCUGAAGUUCAUUAAUUAUAAUUAAUGUGUGAAAUGUUAGGAUAUCCUUCAGCUACUAUUUGGCCAGAUUUACAUAAAAAUGGCAAUAAAUAGAUUUUAAAAGAAUUAGAAAAGUUUUAACAUUGCAGACCAAAUCUCUAAAAUGUUAUAAAGGAUGCAUCUCCAUAAGCUCUAGAAUUGAUAUCAAGAAUGUUAACUUGGGAUCCAGAAGUAAAAUUCAAUCUAUAAAAUAAUAGAAACGCAUUGGAAUCAUGGAGAGUCUAUUACAUUAAUAUUUCUAUACUAAUCCAAGACCUUCUAUGCCAGAAGAAUUAUCUAUUUUAAGACAAUUAGAUUAAUUAAAAAAGAAAAAUGCUGAUCGUGCUGAAAAGAAAAUUAAAAUAAAAUGA